AAUUUUCAUCCUAGACUUCUUAUCCUCAUGCACUUUUGCACUCUUAUUUAUCGCUAAAUAUCAAUAUCAAUUAUCUUCCUCUUUAAGUCAAACCAUAACUAUUCCAUUUCUUUCCACCCCCACAGUUUUUCUGAAUUCUGGGUGUUGAGUUUCCUUUUCUUCAUUUUUUUUCCCUCCCUUGGAUGUGUUGUUAUUUUCAAUCCAAAAGGCCAUGCAAAACUAUUUGGUCUUGUGAUAACUUUGUGUUGGUGUGAGGCUUGUUAUUGUUCAUAGAAGAGAGUUUGUUUUGUUAUUGGUGUAAGUGUGUCGGUGGAAAUGGAGGCAACAAGUUUGGUGGAGAGGGGUAGAGAGAGAGUUGGACAUGUUAACAAGGUUAGUUAUGUGAGAAGGGUCAUUGCAAAGAAGAAGAAACAACUUUAUCGAAGGCUUAGAAGGCCUGAGUUGAGUGUUUCAAAGACUCUUCAGCAGUUAUUUGAUUCAUGCAGAGAAGUUUUCAAAGGCCCUGGCACUGUUCCUUCACCACAAGAUGUUCAGAGAUUGAGGCACAUACUCAAUAACAUGAAGCCAGAAGAUGUGGGACUAAGUAGAGAUUUGCAGUUCUUCAAGUCUGGGAAUAUGGUGAAAGAGAAACAAAGGGUCACUUAUACAACCGUGUACAAGUGUAACAAUUUCUCACUCUGCAUCUUUUUCAUACCUGAAGGAGGAGUCAUUCCUCUCCACAACCACCCAGACAUGACUGUUUUCAGCAAACUUCUAUUAGGACUAAUGCACAUUAAGUCCUAUGAUUGGGUUGUCCAUGAGGCCUCUGAUGACAACUUGUUGCAACCACAAUCUCAAUUGAGAUUGGCAAAGUUAAAAGCUGAUAAGGUGUUCACAUCUUCAUGUGACACUUCUGUGCUGUAUCCAACAACUGGAGGCAACAUCCAUGAAUUCACAGCCAUAACCCCAUGUGCUGUGCUUGAUGUCAUUGGCCCUCCUUAUUCCAAAGAAGAUGGCAGGGACUGUUCCUACUACAGGGAUCACCCUUAUGCUUCUUUUCCUAACGAAAGGAUUAUUGGUGAGGCAAAAGAGGAAAAUGAUAGUUACGCGUGGUUGGAAGAAAUUGAGAUGCCAGAGAACUCUGAAAUGGAUGGCAUUGAGUACCUGGGUCCAACACCCUUUUAGGUUUUUUCAACAACACAACACAUCUUCUUAGUUUGUGUUUGUGAAUCAGUUGAAUUCAACGCCAACGGACUUUUAGAUGAAAGCUACAAUAUAGUUGCUUUAAAAUUUUCGCAUUGGAACGUGUAAUUUAUACGUUCAACGCUAAUCCAAAGACAAUUAGUAGUAGCAUCUUAAUACCAUGCAUUACUAAUGAUACGGAGCAUAUAGACAGAAUCUCCCUGUGUCAAUAUUCAAGGAAUGAGUGUUGCACGUGUUGGCUUUUGUUCUUUUACGUUGAAAAUGUACCUAUGAUUCGCUCAUUUUUGCUAUAGUUGGUACAUGUAUAUAUAACAUUAUGGGACCUAUUGUCAUGUGUAGGAAAACCAUGGGCUUGAGGUGGUUCAGAUGUCAGUCAGUCUAGGAGUUUAUGAUUCAUCGUUUUUGGCUUUGUUACUUUCAGUUUUUCCCAAAGGGUCCACAGAGGUAACUAUGUUGAGAAGGUGGUGAAUAUGGUUGACUGACUUGUUAUGGAAAGAAAGAAAAGCCAUGCAUGACAGGCAACACUUUUCUGGAGAUAGGGUCAAAUUUAUGCUUUUCGUCUUGAGAUAUUUGUGGGAAGAUAAUAAACAUAAGCGUAAAUUUCAA